GUAAACAGAGGGAGCUGCAAAGUGGAAAACAAACUUCAGAAGCUGGCAGAUUCCAGCGGACUCUUCUGAGCAAAAGGUGAAUGUCUAGAAAGCAGGAUGAGCCACAAAGGGUCUACGAGCAGCCAUCCUGGUUCUGCAAAUGGCAGCAUGGGCAAAGCAGAUGGAUCUGCCAAAAUGAGUGCAAAAGAUUUAUAUGAACAAAGGAAGAAAUACUCCAACUCCAAUGUCAUUAUGCAUGAGACCUCACAGUAUCAUGUGCAACAUUUAGCCACCUUCAUCAUGGAUAAAAGUGAAGCCAUUGUGACGGUGGAUGAUGCCAUCAGGAAGCUAAAACAGCUUAACUCCAAAGAGAAGAUCUGGGCACAAGAGAUGCUGUUGCAAGUGAACGACAAAUCUAUUCGACUGCUGGACUGUGAAACUCAGGAAGAGCUAGAAGACUUCCUUCUGCCAACAGUCCAGCAUUGCCAAACUGUGCUGAAUCAGAUGCGGUACUCAUCCAUACUCCUGCUGGUCUGUCAGGACUCGGAGCAGCACAAGCCUGACAUUCAUUUCUUUAACUGCGAUGAGGUGGAGGCAGAGAUGGUUCAUGAGGACAUAGAAAGUGCACUUGCCGACCAUAAAUUUGGGAAGAAGGUACGACCGCAGACACUCAAGGUAAACCAAGAGAAGAUCAAACAGAGACAGUCCAUCCUCCCACCACCUCAAGGCCCGGCUCCAAUCCCUUUCCAGUAUGAAACAAGAAGCUCUCCAAAGAGCAGCGUGAAUCGGGUGGCUCCUCCGUCACAGCAAAAUGAGCCAGAAUAUGAGCGACGAAGCUCAAGCUCACAGGAUCCAGAAGAGGCCCGUGCUCUUUUUGCACAGAAGAUUGAGAAAGAAACGCAAAUCUUAAAUUGCACCCUAGAUGAUAUUGAGUUGUUUGUUGCCAAGCUUCAAAAAGCUGCAGAAGCAUUCAAACAGCUGAACCAAAGGAAGAAAGGAAAGAAGAACAAGAAGAAAGGGCCAGCAGAGGGAGUUCUGACUUUAAGAGCAAAGCCCCCAAGCGAAGCUGAAUUCAUUGACUGCUUCCAGAAAACCAAGCUGGCACUAAAUCUGUUGGCAAAACUGAGAAAACAUAUCCAGAAUCCAAGUGCUUCAGAAUUGGUGCACUUCCUCUUUGGACCACUGGAAUUGAUUGUUAAUAGCUGUGGUGGUCCUGACCUUGCAAGGUCUGUUGUCAGCCCACUUCUCUCUAAAGAUACCACAGAUUUCCUGAAAGGACAUCUAACCCCGAAGGAGAUGGCACUGUGGGAGUCCUUUGGAGAGACCUGGACAAGGUCGCGAGCGGAGUGGCCAAGAGACGCCAACAUCCCAAACUAUAUUCCAAAAUUCCGAAACGGCUGGGAGCCACCCCUGGAAAUCUUCCGCGGAGCCCCUUGGGAAAUAGAUAUUGGCCACUUGCAGGAAGAGCUAUCAUCGUCUCCUAAUGGCUAUUCCAGUCGUAGCAUAAAGACAGUCCAGACAUCUGAUCAAAUGCACGCAGUUGAUGCCUUUACACAGCUUGUUUCUCAACAUGUAAACAGAAAUUUGGAGGCACAGGGUAUGACCCCAACAAAGAGAUAUGCCAAAAUUCAAUAUGAUUUCACCGCUCGAAAUGCCACUGAACUUUCUGUGCUGAAGGAUGAAAUUCUGGAGGUUUUGGAAGAUAACAAACAGUGGUGGAAGUUGCGAAAUCGAAGUGGGCAGGCCGGCUAUGUUCCAUAUAAUAUCUUGGAUUUGGUAAACCUGGAGGAUUAUGGAACAAUUGAACAGAAAUACAGAGGAGACUUGAGUCCAAGGGGAACGGGACCUUCCAGCCCUUCACAUAAAUUACCUGCUAGCUAUGCUGGGGAUAAAUGGGGAAGUGAAAUGCUCGCCCGUAAUUCUCCUGAUGCCAAAGAACAACUGAUACAUCACAUGGAUGAAGUCAAUGAUGAGCUGUUGAAAAAGAUUUCCAAUAUCAAAGUCCAGGCCCCACCAAGAAAUUUUAAAGUUGAGAAGGCUCAGCACGUUCAUGCACCCUUGACUUUUGAGUCCAAUGCAGAGGAGGUCAAAGCUUGGCUGGAAGCAAAUUCUUUCAGCAAAGGGACUGUGGCGCAUCUUGGUAUACUGACGGGGGCACAGCUUUUUUCUCUAAAUAAAGAAGAAUUGAAAAAAGUAUGCGGAGAAGAGGGUGCCAGAGUGUAUAGUAAAAUAACAGUUCAGAAGUCUCUGCUAGAGAAAAGCAGAGGGGAGUCAGAACUUCAAGAAAUCAUGAAGCGACGCCAAGAAAGGAUUGAUUCAGCAAUUUAAAUUCUACCUGGUUUAUUUUCCCCAAAGCUAUUAAUCACAUAUACUUACUUGCAGAAAAAAGGGAACGAGAGCAAAAGUAAAAUAAAAUGCCUUGUUAAAAUGAAAAAGACUGCUGGGAUCAGCAGCUAAGCAAUGUAAAUGGCCAUCCAGACUGACUGUUCCUUCAGCACUGUUGAUAAAGGGGAGGCUAUGGUUUUCUCAUAAAUGUCACAUGACAUUGCAUUGGGAGAGAGGUUUAGUAUUGCAUGAAGUAUUAUUUUUAUAUCUCUUUAUUUUAUAGAUAAAUGUUAUGUGUGUGAAAUUCAUCACACAAGGAAGAGCAGCAUUCAUGUUCUAGGCAAAGGCUGAAGCAAAAAUGCCCUGACAAAAAUCUAUGCAGUAGAUUGCGGCUAUCAGUAAGCUUCUUAGAAACCUCCUGUAAACAUUGCUAUAAGACUACACAAACCUUCAGAGGCCCUGUGUUUAGAAGACAGCAUGUUCCCAUGCCUCUCCUGUACAACAGGAAUAACCCAGUACAAAAGAGUGAGAAGGAUCUUCUGGGGCCACUGUUCUGACAUGCAAAAACCCAACAAACGCAUGACAAGGUGGUGAUCAACUGACACACAAAUGAUUUCAGUUUGCUUUGGAUGUUUUCCCAGAAUGAACUCAGCCAACAGCUCAACUUCUUUGUUUCCAACAUUUAUGCUUUAUUGCUUUUAGAUACCAUCAAAAGCACAUGUGGGAAUGCCUCAUGUACCAAACAUGUCCAAGGGCAAUUCCAGUAUAACCAUUAGUCAUUCAUCCCCGCAGAAGAUGAUAGUAUGGGGAGCUGAAUGUGAAAUUACUAUGUUCCACAAACAAAUAUAUUUGGAAUGUAUGUACUCCAUAAAAAUGUUGUCCCUGUCCCUGUCACAUCCACAACUUCACAAUAUCUGCCAUCAUAUUUGAACACUAUUUUGACCCUGAAGUGAUUGUAGGGAGGAUCUGUGAUAUGUCAAUAUGUUAAUGUAGGUCAGUUUCAAAUUAUCAUAUGAAAAGGAGUAACAAGAUGGUGAAAGCAGAUCACAUCUGAUUAGGCCCAGUAAUGUGCAUAAGCAUGUUACUAUGCAACACAGGUAUAACUAAGAUUGCCUUUUCCAAUGCCAUGCCUCCAUCCUACAGAAUCCUGGGAUUUAUAAUUUGGUGAUAAUUGCAAGUGCCUCACUGAAGUACCAAUCUCAGGUUAAAUUGGUUUAAUGCUGCAACAACUGUGCAGUUUGUAAAAUGCAUGUGCAAUAUGCUGUUACUGUAGUACCAUUAACCACCAUGGUACCAUUCUAUGGGAUCCCGGAUUUGGUGAGCCACUUGGAAUUUUUACUAGUACUACAGGAAAUGGCUGACAUGUCUACUCAAAUGAAAAUCCCACUGAAUUCAAUAGGAUUUUCUCCAAGCUAACUAUGUAGGAUUGUAGCCUUCAGCCUGAUAAUCCCAGCUAGAACAGAUCCAUUGGAUCAGUUCUUUUAUAAAUUUCCCUGAUUUGUUGGAUCUACUUGAGUUGAUAUUGUCAAUGGGAUUCAGGUUCUUUUGGGUUUCCUCUAAUUACUAUUCUCCAGACAUACUUUAGAAUGAAAAGAUCUAAACAUAUUUUGCUGAAAAGGUUAACAUCUUUCUCCUCUUCAUAAUAUGCUUUAAAACUCCUAAAUUCUGCAAAGGGCCUAAAUACCCUGAUCUUGGAAGCUAAACUGAGUCAGUCCUGGUUAAUAUUUGGAUGAAAGACUGCCAAUAAAUAGCAGGUGCUGUGGGCUAUAUUUUAGGGGGAAGGGACUGGAUAUUCUUUGCCUUAGAAAACCCUAUGAAAUAAAGUUACUACACAUUGAUAGGAGACUUGAAGGAACAUACAUACAUAAUUUCUUUUAGAAAAAGGUGGGUCUCAAUUGAAGGGCAAAUAUAUUCAAAUGUCCUGACUGGUGAAUGCUUUGACUUGCUUAUUUCACUUUGUCCACCUUUUAAUCAUAGGGGAUCGGCCCAGAUUAGCUGUGUUUGCCUUGGCAUUUGUCCUUGAUUUAGGAGCUGCAACACACCCAACUAUAAUCGGAGAUGAGUCAGAAAAUUAGAUUUAAUUCCUACUUGAAGUGCAUUCACCAGCCUGAGUGUGUUUAGACGAGGAAGUAUGCUUAAUACAAGGGCACACAUUAAAGGGAGGAGCCAAUCCCCCCUCUCCCUGUAUGCCCUCAGAGCUAGCCUGGGUGUGAAGCCCCCCCCCCUCCCCCCGCAAAUCAAGUUUUCUGGUGCCCUGGGGGGUUGGAAACAGGAAGAGAGAGGGUGGGAAUCUUCCAAUAUGUGCUAGGAGUAGGUUGAAUUUUGUCCUACAUGGCCUCUGAGGCCAUUUCGUUUGGGUCUAGGGAAUACAGGCAGUCCCUGGGUUACAAACAAGAUAGGUUCUGUAGGUUUGUUCUUAAGCUGCAUUUCUACGGGUACAGGUACAUUUUUAAGUGUAACUCUAGCCAAUUUGUUUUAGUUUUUGGAUAGCAUAGGGAAGGGUGACACUCCUGUGACAUUUAUUUUGCUGUCUAUGCUGUUGUUCAGAAUAUUUCACCCACUUUCUGUCCCUAUAACAACUGGAUUUUGGAAAUUUUGAGUUUGUCAUGGAAUCAAGGAUUGGUGAUAAAUCUUCAGUGGAGACACCAUUUUCCACCGAUAAUUCUUACAGGGCUGUACUUCUCUUAGGAGUAGAUUUCCUCUCACUUCUUGUUGACUCACUCUGUAACUAGGUGUCAUAUGUAAGUCAGAUGUUUGUAACUUGGGGACUGCUUGUGCUGUAAUAAGUACGAGAAAGAAUCUUCCAAUCUACUUCUACCACACUAGUUUAGCCAUGCAUUGCAAAAUAUGCAUUUGUCUAGGAACAACGUUCUGUGACAAUAACCACAGAUAGUGCUGAUGAAUAAAGUACACUUUAGCGGAGUGGUUCUCAACCUGUAGGUCUCCAGGUGUUUUAGCCUCAGACUCCCAGAAAUCCCAGCCAGUUUACCAGCUGUUAGGAUUUCUGGGAGCUGAAGGCCAAAACAUCUGGAGACCCACAGGCUGAGAACCACUGCUUUAGCAGUACUAUUCUAGAGCAUCUGAAAAUGGAAACCUGAUAUACCUGUAUGAACAAAUUUCAUGUUAGAUAAUAUUUUAUUUGGACUUCAGAAAUCUCAGAAUAUAAAUUUAAGCUACAGUCCUGCAAAUACUUUUAAUAGGCACAUUAUAAGUGAUCCCAAAGAAACUGUUCCUCUGCAUGCCUAGAAAAUUUUGCAAGACCUUACCUUUAUAAAAUACACACAUGGCCGCCGAAUGUUUUUCCAUCUGCUAUUAAUAUUUGUACAUUAGCCACAGUGGUUUUAGAUUAUCUGUACAUAAUUAUUUAGACAAUGUUCAUAAUAGAAACAAAAAUGAAGAUAUAAUGACAUUUAUGUUCACAUUCUAUAUUAUAUUUUAAGCUAGCUGUGCAGAUGUAACUUAAAUCAUAUAUUAAAAAUCAGAGCUAGUAGAACAUAUGUAUUGUAUAUGAAGCUGACAAAUAUUGAGACAGCAGAAUAUGCACUUAUUUUGUUUAACUAUAGUCCAGAUUUACAGAGCAAAAAAAGCAAAGAGACUGCUUGUUAUUUGGAGUGGUGGCAAUAAUAAAAUCCCAAUAAGGAGAACAAGAACACACAUCAUUGAACUGCUUGGGCAAAGGGUGAGAGAUGCAACUGUAACAACUGAAUAAAUGGCUCUGUCCUCAUCUUUCAA